GACGCUCCUACACUUGUUACAUUUGCGAGCCCACAUGGUGACAUCAAAGAACCAUCUGAUGAUGCCAAGGAGCUGAGAGUGGUCCCUUCUCCAUUGAGAGGGCGUUUGCAGAGCUUGAUUGUUCCCAGAGAAGAGUGGGGGGGCCCAGGUAAACAGUGGACGGGGAGGGGGCAGAGCUCAGCUGGAGCCAAUGCAGCAGCACCAUCGACAGCCUGAGCUAGUGGAAGGAAACCUUCCCGUGUUCGUGUUCCCCACUGAACUAGUCUUUUAUGCAGAUGAGCAGACAUCUCACAAGCAAGUGCUCACUCUCUACAAUCCCUAUGAGUUUGCCCUCAAGUUCAAAGUGCUGUGCACAGCGCCAAACAAGUACACUGUGGUUGAUUCCACAGGAGCUGUCAAACCACAGUGCUGUGUUGACAUAGUAAUCAGACACAGAGAUGUGCGACCAUGCCACUAUGGGGUGUACGACAAGUUCAGACUGCAGGUGUCGGAACAAAGUCAACGGAAAGCUCUGGGCCGCAAAGAGGUGACGGCCACACUUCGCCCCUCUGCUGCGCAGGAGCCGCCGAGCCCCCGGCCCCAAGACGACGAACGCAGAAUGAAAGAGCAGUUUGCUGACAGCGAGUUCUUUGAACAGGCUGCAUUUCAGUCAGCAGAGAGCCGUCCUGUUGCCGGAGGGCCCAGCCUGCUCACGGUGCUGCUCGGACUCAUGUGCAUGGCCGCCCUGAUGCUCCCGACGUUGGGCGAGCAGGAUUCCAACGUGCCUGUCUACCUCCACUUAAGUGUUAACAAGAAACUUGUAGCUGCUUAUGUUCUUGGUCUUCUUACAAUGGUCAUCCUGCGCACAUGAAGAGCUCGGGGCUAAGAAGAGGAGGAUUAAUAUCAUUAAGGAUGAAGAGAACAUCCUUACACCCGAGGCCCUACUGCGCUUCAGUGGAGCCGACAACAGGGAGACAGUCCUUACCUCAUCCUUGGAAAAGUACAUUUUAGAACUUGUUUUCAAUUACGUUUGUGUUAACACACGUUGUUACAGUUGUGGAGACCUGCAGCGUACGCUGUAGAUCCGAGGAGUGUUACUAUGAGCCGAGCUGUCCCCGGAAAGGGCCCGUGAAGAAACGUGAGCCCGUUGGGCGUAGACCGAGAUCACGCUCUUUGUUUCAUUGCAAUUAUGUUACCGAAUGUUAACGACUGAAGAAAUCUACAUGCAAACAUGAUAAAUGUAUAUAAAGCCAUUCAAGCUUUAUGGAAUUUACUUGCAGCCGUCAUAUUGAUGUUUUUUUGACCCUUUUAUAGUUUAGACUGAGGACGACGUGCAGUUAUUUGCAUGUGAAUACGUUAUUUCGGCGGGCUUUCAGUUUUCCCUGUAAGAGUCUUUUACAUGUCAAAGGAGGUUUUUACCAUGGUUGGCCAUCUGUAUUAUAUCAAUGCUCCAUCAUGUUUAUUAAAGUCUGAA